GUGUAUUGGAGUAGAAAAAAGGAUGACUCGGAAGUGGUGAGAGAGAUAUUUUGGGCACAUCCUGAUUCAGUUAAGUUGUUGAAUAUAUUUCCGAUUGUGUUAGUUAUGGAUAGCACCUACAAGACAAACAAAUAUAGACAACCUUUGUUUGAAAUUGUUGGCAUGACAUCGACCGAGUUGACUUUUGUUGUUGGAUUUGCGUAUAUGGAGUCUGAGCAAACAGAGAAUUUUUGCUGGGUAUUGGAGAAAUUAAAAGAGUUGUUUGUGAAGAAAGACAUGUGUCCACAAGUGAUUUUGACAGAUAGAGAUCUUGCUUUGAUGAAAGCAAUUGAAGUUGUGUUUCCCAGCUCGAUUAAUUUGCUAUGUAGAUUUCACAUUAACAAAAACGUUGGUGCCAAAUGCAAACAACAUGUGGUGAAUGACCUGCAAAAGACGAUAGACACAUUAUGGAUGGAAGUUGUCUGGGCUAGUGAUGAGGUUGAGUAUGGUCAGCGGUUGCAUCAACUUGAGCAAGCAUGUGUUGAUUAUAGUGGAUUUAUUAAUUAUGUGAAAGACACAUGGUUGACUCCACAUAGACAUAGAUUUGUUGGAGCAUGGAUUAAUCGAGUGCUACAUUUGGGUAACACAACGACUAAUCGGGUUGAAUCUGCUCAUUGGAAGUUAAAGCAGAUGUUAGGAAACAGUAUAGGUGACAUGGUCAAAUGUUGGGAAGCAAUGAAUAACAACUUGAGGUUACAACUGGGAAACAUUAGAGCUUCUUUUCAAAAGAGUUUUUACGAAGUUGAGCACGCGCACGUAAAUUGGGAUGUUGUUCAGGUGAAAAAGCUAUAUCCAAACAUCUCUCUUUCCAUCAUGGAGUUGUAUCCGUUCACGGUUGUUUGGGACAUUGCUCUUAUGGACAAUCGUGGUGCAACGUCUUAG